GUGCGCAUGACAACAAUUAGUCGACUGUCUCUUUAACAAGGCAGAGAGAAACCAGAGCUGAUCCAGAGAGCCGGAGAAUCAGACUCACAGCUCCAGACCUUCAAACCACUCAGGAACCAUGUCUGCCGUCUACCUCGCCCUCCUGCUGCUGCCUCUGGUCUCAGCUCAGACGUAUCACUGGGGUCCCUGUCCCAGUCCGGCAGUGCAGCCCGGCUUCAACGUCCAAAAGUACCUGGGACGGUGGUACGAGAUAGCGAGGCUUCCCAAUUCCUUUGAAAAGGGGAAAUGCAUGGAGGCGAAUUACGCCUUGAGGAAAGAUGGAACCAUCCGAGUCCUGAACUCACAGCUGUAUAAAGAUAAAGUGAGGACAGCAGAAGGGACAGCUGUGGUUCCCGAUACGAGGGAAAUGGCCAAACUUGGAGUCAGCUUCUCAUACUUCACUCCCUACAGCCCGUACUGGGUCCUCACCACCGACUACACCAGCCUGGCGGUGGUGUACUCCUGCACGGACAUCCUCCGCCUUUUCCGAGUUGAGUACGCCUGGAUCCUGUCCCGGUCGCGCUUCCUGCCGCCGCUGACGGUUCGCUACGCCAAAGAGCUGCUGGUCAGAGAAGGAAUCGACAUUUCCAGGAUGAAGGCCACCGACCAGAACUGCAAAGACAACUAGGAGACCGCUUCUUGUGAUAUUUUAAGAUUUUUGUGUUUAAUUAUAUGUAGUUAUUGUGAUAUUUCUAAGCACAACAAACUUUAUACAGUAUAUUUUGAUUCUGAUUUUCUGUUAAAAGGUUGGUGGCUGAAGAUGGAAAUAUUAACUGAAGGGUUGUUGUUUAUUAUACUACCACAGUGCAAGUCACAUAUUCUGUAAUGUUUAAUAAAUAACGUUUAACUGUU